AUGGCAGACCAGAGCAACCUUUCCCCUCUCACCAUCUCCCUCCCCCUCACCGCCUGUCUGGUCUCCUUUUUCGUCCUGGGCCAGACGCUGACAACCUAUACCUCUGCCUACCUCGCUGCCCCCGACGAGAUCAACACCUUCAUCGACGCUGUCGAUUUUUCCAUCCAGGAAAAUGAGAGCUAUGAUCGCGAUGUGGGGAAGCUGCAGAGACUGGAUGACAAGCUCCGCAUGGGCAAAUUGUUGAGGGAGAUUCAAAAGUCUGGCGAUGAUCUGAGGGAAGAGUUGAAUAGGCUGUUGAUCGAUGGCGGAGGGACGACAUUACGACCUAGUACUCGUCUGUUGUGGGCUGCCAAAAGAGGGAGGCUGGAAGAGAGAAUGCGCAGAUUGGAUCUCUUGAGGAUGAGAUUUCUGGUGGUAUAUAUGGGCUUGAUUGCUGCGAAUAGCACGGAUCAACCAGCUCCGAAAGAUCCGGAAAAGAUUGAGAGACCAAAGUGGCCAGUCAGGAAUCUUACUCAAGAGUUACAGGAGAGCGUCAAGAGGAAACCGCCGAUGAGGAGGUUGACGACACAGGCCAUGGGCCACAAUGAUUCUGUUGGGGAAAUGCCCAAGAUGGGUUGGAUGGGAGUGGUUGCUGAACUACAAAGUUCACCCUUGAUGCAAAGACGGCAUGCCUCAAUUGAGAACGCGAUGAGUCCCAUGAGCAGUCCGAUGAGUCCAAGAACCCCGAGAACUCCGGGAUGA